AUGGAGCGUGUAUUCUCCGUGGAAGAGAUCCCCAAUACCUUUUGGGCCCCGUCACCACCGCCACAACAGCAACCGAUUCAACCUCAGGUGGUCGGUGACGGUGGCGUGGCAGGUGGCGAUGCGAUGGACCAAGAUCAGGCUGCCAAAGAGUGGAGCUUCGAGAGGUUGCUAGAAGAGACACUGUUUGAAAACAGCGAUGCGGCGGUGAUGGACCCUGGCGAUGAGGCACUGUAUGCCACCAACUCAGUGUUGGUGGCGGGUGAGGAGAGAGGCGAGGGUUACAGUGCAGAGGUGGAGGUAGAGCAUGCAAACGUGGCGCCGACGCCUGUGUUAGACCCCAUGGAGUACAAUACGGUGUUGAAGCGGAAGCUGGAGGAGGACCUUGCUACCAUCGCUAUGUGGAGGGCCUCUGGUGCAACGUAUCUAGAAAGUUCUCGUGCCUCAAACAAUUACAUCGGAGGCAGCAGCGGAAUUCAAGUGCAGAACAAUUUCGAUGGUGGCCCAGGACAUCUUGUUCAAAAUGCAGAUAUUCGUGGGAAGCAAGCUGUUAGCUUUUCCUCAAGGGAGCCAUCACCAACAGAUGAUGAUUAUGGAGAAGUAGAGAUAUUGGGAUUUAUGGUCCCUAAUGCAGAAAAAGUGAGGAAGAGGAAGGAAUCCAAUCGGGAGUCAGCAAGACGUUCAAGAAACAGAAAGGCAGCUCACAUGAAGGAGUUGGAGGACCAGGUAGCACACUUACGAGUUGAAAAUUCCUCUCUGCUAAGGCGUCUUGCUGCUCUAAACCAGAAGUACAAUGAUGCUACUGUUGACAAGAGGGUAUUGAUUGCUGACAUUGAGACCCUAAGAGCAAAGGUGAAGAUGGCGGAGGACACCGUGCAGAGGGUCACCAACACGAUCUCACUGCACCCCAGACCCGUCACUGGCAUGCCACCCCUCAGCAUGCCCUUCAGCGUCUCUCCAUCGAGUGGUACCCCUGAUGCUCCGGUGCCCAUGCAGGACUACUUCGCUUGUGCAACUGAUGCCGCCGGAGUUAACAGCGGCUACAUGCUGGCCAACGCAGUGCCGUCGUCUUUCCAAGCUGGGAACACUACCAAUGGAAGCCUGACUGCCAGAAGGAUGAACCGGAUAGCUUCACAACGUGCGAUGGCCCUGGAGCAUCUCCAGAAGAGGGUGCGUGGCGGCACGCCGAUCUCUUCUGGAUCCACGCCGUUGGGUCCGAACGAGCUUGCCAACAUGGAGAUGCAUUAG